UCGCCCCCGCUCCGAGCUGUACCUGAGCCUGCAUGUGACAUCAUACCUGAACGUUACGACCAUCAACAAUAAAAUCACCGCUCGCUGCGCGACACACAAACGACACGAGUUUCCUAACAUAACCAUACCGGCCAGUCUACAAUGCCAUUGACCAUACUCUCCGACGCGGACGUGCGCACUCUCUUAUUGCAAUUGACCAAACAGGACAUUCUCGACUUGCAGCAGAACCUCGCUGAUGCGCUGCACCAUUACUCUACCAGCACUGAAGAAGACGACAAUAAUGGAUGUUGUGAGAGUUUCCAGUCCGCAGGGACGAGCUUGAAGACUAAAGAUGGAGGGUUGAUGACGGUUGCGCCGGCAAGCAGCAAUGACAGUCUUGGAGUCAAAAUAACAACACGUCCAGAGUUCAACUCUUCGGACACGGCCUCUGUUACUUCAUCGAUGAGCUCACUCGCUUUAUCCCAGCAGUCCACACCAACGAGUAAAAGCUCAGCAACCACAGCCUCUCUCUCAUCAACCCAAACAUCCGCAUCAAACACCAGUCUCACCCUCUUCGACCGCUCCGGAAACCCUCGCGCCAUGCUAAACUCCUCCGAAAUGACAGCCUUCCGCACCGCCCUCGCAAGCACAAUGCUCUUUAAGAAGCGAGCAAACGUCCACGACGUAACAGUCUUCGGCGCAGGGAAACAAGCUUACUGGCACAUUCGUCUCGCUCUCCUGCUACGCGGCCCUGAUAUCCACCAUCUCAAUAUUAUCAACAGAGAUUUCGAACGUGUACACCAGUUAUUGGAGAAACUUUACGACCCCCACUCUGCACCUUCGACUUUCAACCCCGAUCCAAACCACGUUCCUACCUACCGACGCGCAUCAGGCCCAGAGGAAGGCGAAGCAGGAAAAGAAACCCAACAUCAAUACCUCCACCGCCCCAAAAUCCAAAUCCUCACCCCGGGACACGGCGAAUACCCGCGCCUCCUGCACGCCACCCUCCGCUCCUCAGCCGUCCUCUUCCUAUGCACCGCCUCGCCUACCCCCCUCUUCCCCGCACCCAUCCUAACCAACCCCGAAGGCCGAAAAAAAGGCCGCUACAUAGCCGCCAUCGGCUCCCUCUCGCCCCGUGCUACAGAACUACACCCUGAUAUCCUACGCCAAAACGUUGCGCCAGAGCACGGGCACCGCCAUUUCCACAAGCACGCAAAGCAGAGUGGGGCGGUAGUGGUGGAUAGUGUAGAGAAGGCUUUGAAAGAGGGUGGGGAGGUGGUGCAGGCGGGGUUGGGUCCGGAUCAGGUUGUUGAGAUAGGCGAGUUGGUUAUGUUGAAGAGGGAUGCGGAGAGGAGGAGACGGGAGUGUUUGGCUGGGAAGGGGAUGAUGGAGGCGGAGGGGCUGGAUACUGGGGGUGUAGAGUUGGGUGAGUGCGAGAUGAAUCGGAGUGAAAAGAAGGAGAAGGCGAGGAGGGGUAGUAGUGGGAAGAAGGAGAAACAUCAUGAGGGGGAGGAUAAGGCGCAUAAGAGUUUGAUUGAGUGGCUGAUCAAGGGGAAUGUUAUAUAUAAGAGUGUGGGGUUGGGGCUUACGGAUGUCGUUGUGGGUGGGGAUCUUGUGAGAAUAGCUGAUGAGCGUGGUAUCGGGACAAGGGUCGAUGACUUUUAGGGUGGGUUGUCGCACUCAUCGCCGGACUUGCAAACAGGCUCACAGCAGUUCGACUCAUGCGAGUGCAGUUGAUAUAGUAGUCGGAGUUCAGCAUGUAUGAUCGAAAUAGACAUCACAAGCAACAAAUCAUGCGAAUGGCGUGCGUUAUCGUGAUUGAUUCCAGUCAAUGCAGUCGUUUG